AUGGAAACAUCCAACGAACACCACUUGGCUGGACAAUUCUGUGACGCCAUCCUCCAAGUUGAGGAUAUUCAAUUUCCAAUCCACAGAAUCAUCCUCUCUGAUUGCAGCCCUUACUUCCAAGCUCUUUUUGUACACCAGAUAAACACAGACAAGGUUUUCCACAUAACCCUUGUGUCUCCUGACAUUAUGGAGAUCAUCAUAGACUUUACAUACAACCGCUCUGUUACUGUGACGAAGGACAAUGUGCAUGAGUUGAUGGUCGCAGCUGAUAUGCUCAACAUAAUAGGCAUCAUACAAGCAUGCUCCAGCUUUAUCAGUGAGCACCUCUGCCUACAGAACUGCAUUGGCAUCUGGAAAUUCACAGAUAUCUGCCCCUGCUACGAGCUGCGAUGUAACGCCCUCCACUACAUCAUGGUGCACUUUGAUAGGGUGAUUAACUUUAAAGAGUACCUGCAGCUCUCUGUUCAUGACCUCACAGAAAUCCUUGGCAAAGACGAACUCAACGUGAAGAAUGAGAGGACUUUGUUUGAUGUCAUCCUGCGCUGGAUCGCCCACAUACCCAAAGAACGAGAAGAACACAUGGCUAAGCUUUUGUCUCAGGUGCGGCUUGCCAAAACAAGCAUUGAGUACAUUGAGAACGUUGUGAUGACUAACGAGCUGGUGAAGUUCAACCCUAAGUGCCAAGAAAUAGUCAACCAUUCCUUCAGAAUAAUGUUGUCCUUAACCAAACACAUACCCAAACCCUUAACGUCAUGUUUGAGUGACACUCCUGCCCGUCCUCGUCUGCCUAAUUCCGUCAUCUGGGUCUCUGGAGGCAGGAAAGAAAACUAUGUAUCUUGCGAAAUUGAGGUGUACGAUCACCUUGUUGAUCGCUGGUUCUACAUCGGAGACAAGCUGAAAGAUCCUCGGGCCCAUCAUGGCACCGUCUUCCUCGACGGUUACGUCUACUUUGUUGGUGGAUCUAAGUCGAUGGAGAGCUUAGACAGCGUGGUUAGGUUGGACCUGAGGACACACGACUGGAAGGACAUGCUGUACAUGCACCAACGACGUUGCAAAUUGAGCUUAACCGUGCUGAAUGGGUUCAUCUAUGCCCUUGGAGGCUAUGAUGGUAACUCUAGCCUCAGCACUGUAGAGCGCUACUGCCCCAAAACCAACCAGUGGACGCUUAUUGCACCCAUGUUGAAAGGUAGGAGGAGUGCAAGCUGCGCAACACUGGAUGGCAAGAUAUACAUUUGCGGUGGUUUAACCAGGCGUAACAGCACGAGGACAGCUGAAUGUUAUGAUCCAGAGACCAACCAGUGGACACUAAUCAACCGUAUGGGCAGCAGUCGAAGUGAACACAGAGUUGUUGCAUAUAAUAACCAAAUCUAUGCAAUCGGUGGCCUUAGGAAUGUACACCCUCUAAAAUGUGUUGAGACCUAUAUGCCCGAGACCGACAGCUGGAGCGAUCUUUGCCCCAUGUGUAUCCCACGAAGGAACUUUUGUCUCGAGGUGAUAGAAGACCAGUUCUAUGUCGUUGGGGGGACCAAUUUCAGAACCAAAAGUUAUCACGCAGAAGUCUACGAUCCUCAAACGAAUAGUUGGUUUUUCAUCUCUGACUCAAGUAUGUCCUACAACGGCAUGAGCUCUUGUGUUGUGUCCGGAAUCCCCAACAUGAUUGACUUCUCUUACCCUCGAAACGAUCUGCCAGAUUUCGAAAAGCGCAGUGCAUGGCAUGACGCAUGA